AGGUGACUAACAAAUAUAAACCUUGCUUCAUCUUGCUUGGCUCUCUCCACAUUCGCCCUCUCCCUUUCCCCCCUGCUUCUUCUUCUAAUUAAUGAACUCGUUGCUUCUCUUCUUCACACGUGAGAAUAAUAUCUCUUCUUCGAGUGUGCCGUUGCUAUCAUCCCACUCAAUUUCGGGGUCUCACCUCAUGACAAACGCCGCUGACGUUGAAAGCUUCCACCGAUAGGCUCUGCACUUUGGCUUAGCCAGGUACGGCACAGCACAGCACAGCAGAGUUGGGUCCAGUCGGUACAUCAAGGCCCGUCCCCUGUAAGCUCCAAAACCGAGUACCGAGCUGGUCCCCCCCCGUUCUACUUUACCAGAACGGCUUCUCGUCUCUGCGCGAGCGGGCUUCUCCUCACACAAACGAUCUUCCCUUUCGAGCCUUGAACCAACAAGCAAGUCGUGUCUAUUCUGUCUUGGGGUUUUUCUGUUCUGUUUGUUGGUGGAACCCCUGGUACCUGUAAAUCAUGGAGAUCCAGUUCUCGAUCCCUAUCACUGGAGGGCGAUCCAACAGCUCGGCGCCUUCUUCUUCGAGUACAGACACUGAGAGAUCUGCAAAUGCGACGGCUUCAAGGGCUGGUACGCAUCGAUUUGCACUUGAGACAAGGGCACGACAUACAAGACGAAGCUCCAGUAGAGCUCGCACGGGCUGUGCUACAUGCAAAAAACGACAUGUCAAAUGCGACGAGACUAAACCAGCCUGUCUCAAUUGUUUAAAAUGGCGAGGCUCAUGCGAUGGCUAUGGCGACGCAGCAGCUACACCCGCCGAGAGCGCCACCGAACCUCGUCCGCGCUCAACCGCCUCAAGAUCAAAAGCAACAGCGAAUUCUGCGACUAAAUCCCGUGCAACGUCCAAGAUCAAGAUUACUACAGGUUCAACGGCUGUUGUGAAAGCAAGACCACCGACAAUCCCCGAAGAACCUGCAAUCAACACCAUCUGCUUCACAAGUAGUGAGCAGCGAUCUUACUUUGACGAAUGGUCGGCUCUUAGUGUCGGGUUCCUUAGUGGAGGACUCGGAGACUCAAGAUUAUGGACGACUACAAUGCCUCAACUUACACUACAGGAACCGUCACUGAGGUAUGCCGCUAUGGCAGUAGGUGCACUACGUAAAGCUUCCAACGUUGAGUUUGAAGCAUCUUCACCAGGGAAUGAACUUGCAGGCGACAAUAAGCACUACCUCAACGCAAUUGUCUACUACUGCGAGGCUCUACAACUGCAAGCCAGAGCCAGACCAACGAAAGAGGGUCUCCGGACAGCGAUGUUGGCGUCUCUGCUGUUCAUCUGCUUCGAAGCGCAACGGGGAAACAUGCCUGCAGCUCUCAAGCACAUCACUCACGGCUUCAGUAUGCUGAACGAGCUUGCGGCUUGUACCGACAAAGCUCCCAGUCUUGUCAGAAUCGCCCCGGCGCCUCCUGCUCUAGUCCAGGAGAUCCUUGAUUGUUACAAACCCCUGGAACUCCAGUCACGAUCAUUUAUGGGCUCGUAUAAGAAGUUCUUCUUCCCACCGAAACCGCCCGCAGUCGCCGCAAAGCAGGCUCCUCCCUCACAAACGGCCAGUCCUCGCUCGGUAUCGAGUCCACCAAGUCAGCCUGGUACGCCGUGGGCGAACGCAUCUUCAAGUCAACAGAACCCAGUUGGUCUUCCGAGUCCACAGAGCCAAGCGAGCCCGCAGGCCAUGUCAGACCAGCAAACACCUCCUGGAGCGCCUCCGCAGAGGCCCCCGGGUAUUGCUCCAUUCACGAAGCACUCACCAUACUUCAGGCCGAAGCAGACGAACAUCAGGGUGAUUGAGGAUAUGCCGGCUGUUUUCAGCUCGUUGGACGAAGCCCAUGGUUACUGGACGUUACUGCAGAGGCAGCUUGUGCAGUACAUUCCUCUUCUGACAGCGACGACGGCGCAGCUUGCUUUGACCAAAGUGAGAGAUAUGAGGGAACUGGAAAUGAAGCUAGACAGCGUGAGGCAAAACCCGCGGAUCUCAAAGUUUCUGGAGGAAUCCAGGCAUUGGCUUCAGCGAUGGUCAACAUCCUUCAGUCCCCUGCUUCAAACCGCGCAGGACAAUCGCCAGAACGAUGAGCAGUCGUAUCUACAAGCGAUCAACUUCCAUAUCGAGUUUCUCAUCCUUUACAUUUACACCGCCAUGCCACGAUACUCUGGCGUCGAAACAGCAAAGGACCUCACGCCACAAUACCGGGAGCUCAACGCCAUUGCCGAGACUCUAAUCGCAUCCCGUCCCAACUGCGGUUUCGCAAUGGACUCAGGCUGGACAUGGCCCCUCUUCGUUUCAGCAUUCGGCUGCCGCGAUCCAGAAGUCAAACACGACGCCAUUCGCAUUCUAGGGAAAUAUCCCAUCCGCAACGCCCUCCGUGACAGUCGUGUCUUCCGCGCCAUCGCCCUGAAGAACCUUGAAGUCGAAGCCAUGAACGCAAUGGAGGGCGAUGAAGACGAGCAGUGGUUACGACUGAGGAGGAGAGAGCUCGUCUUUGAGGAUCUGGGGAUGAACAUUAUAUUUCGGUAUGCGGAGAAGAAUCAGGCCACGGGGGAGUGGGAGCUCAUUGAGGAGGUAGCGGCGUUCAUGGUUGGCGAGGACGGGCAGUUGAAUUGGCAUAGACAGCCUAUCUCGGAGUCGGUGUCGAUUCUUUCGGGAGUUUGUUAAGGGAGUUUUGAUGGGUUAGAGGAGGACUUGGAUAGAUAGCAAGCGUGGGAGUUUUGGCGUGCGUGCUUUUAUGCUACGACGAUGGCCAUUAUGGAUCUUACGACUUGUUUUAGGGAGUUCUAGUAAUUUGACGUUAUCGAGACGUGUUGAUAGCGUCCGCUGUGAACCUCGUUCAUCGUUCAAUGGUUGCAUGAACCGGCAAAACACUCUGGCUGAGUCAAGGCUCAUGUCGCAAGACUGAUAUAUGUAGAUUGCGG